AUGGCAUCAGAAUCAGACAAUGAGGGGUACACAGCAAGGCUGGCGGACUUCGCAGCCAACUUGCAAUGGUCUGACAUCCCUCGGGACUUCCAGGAGCUGCUCCCAGUUUUCAUCAUGGAUACUGUAUCAUCAAUGAUACUGAUGAAGGGUCCCUUUCAGCUUUGCGGCGUCGUCCAGCCUGUCUAUCAAGCUACUACCAGAAUGGUGAAGUUAACAUACGGAUACGGUGGUAAUGGUAGCGCAUAUUCCGCCAUUGAUGGAACGUCAACUUCCUUAUCUGGCGCUGCCUUUCUCAAUGGUGUUGCAGCAGGCUGCUUCGAGUUCGAGCACGUCAUCAGCACGACUCACCCAGCCUCGGCCAUGUUUCCAGCUCUGCUGACGGUUGCUGCGGCGUAUCAUAAAAGUGGAGAGGAACUUCUUACAGCGAUGGCCGUAGGAUACGAAUUGUGCACCCGCAUUGGCUUUGCAUGUACUAAAGAUGUGGAAGAACAACGCCACUUCCACAACCCAGGCCUGAAUGGCCAUCUUGCCACCGCAGCUGCGGUUUGCCGGCUAAUGGGAUGGGACGCCACUAUUACUGCAUCUGCAAUGGGGAUUGCAGCUUCCAGUUCAGCAGGUUUGAUGGCAUUCGUCAACACAGGGGCCAUGACAAAACGAUUACAUCCUGCCCGCAGCGGACAGCUGGGCGUUGAAGCCGCUUUCUUGGCCAAAGAGGGAGUUGUUGGUCCCUCCGAUGUAAUCGAAAACCCGAAGGGCUUCCUCAACGCAUUCUCGCCCAACCCCAGCCUGAGCACCUGA